AUGGGGACGACGCAGCACUUCGCACUGUUUGAGCAUGUAACUGGUUAUGGCCUCUUUCGAGUGAAGGAAUUUGAUGAAAUAACUCGCAACUUCACAGCCCACGUGAAUGCGUUCAUUAAACCGGUGGCCUUUAUGCAUUUCAAGUCUGUGGAGGAAGCUGUUGAGAAUGUCGAAUGUAUAUCAGAAGGAAUAGUUUCGAGCUUACUUAAACAGUUUAUCGUCAUCAAUGUUCCGAAGAAGUCCUGUAUUCUGGGUGUGGCGGACGAGGCUCUCGGCAAAGCUAUUCUGAGCUGUGAAUUCGGAUUCGAAUGUGUUUGGCAUGGAGGAUUUCGCGAGGUGCUGCGCGUUAUUCGACAAAAUUUCACCCGCCUCACUAAAUCACUGAUCACCCAGCCAGGGAACGCCUUUUCACUUUCCGUGGGUCAGCAUCACCCGCUGUCUAAGACUGGGGCUGAGGAGCUAAUCCCUGGUCGAGUAGCUGAAUCCCGAUCUCGGCUAGUGGUCGGUUUGGCUCGUGCCCGAUCACAGUUGAAUGUAACCCAGCAUCUGGCUGACACGGCUGUAGUGCGUGCACUUACCUUGAUCGACGAGCUGGACGCGGACCUGACACGCUCUGUCGCGCGCUUACGCACAUGCUACGCCACACAUUUUCCCGAAGCCUGUCGUUCCUCUUCGACAGCCGGUUGUUCACCCCUGAGCGACGUGCAGUUGAUUCAUUUGAUUGCACACUGCCCAGGAAGAACAGAGUUGCUUUCUGGCGAGUUGGAGGAUGAAUUGGGACAAGUUGAUGUCCUCCAUCCNAUCCGGUCCUUGGCACAAUCAAACAACUGGCUCGCGACUCUAUUGGUAGUGAUUUGUCGUUCGAGGAUGCUAGUCAGCUAA